CACGAGCCGGGGCGCGAGAAGGCGUGGCGGCCGGGUGGGAAUAUGAACACCGAGGAGCUCAACUGUCAGUCCGAGCCCAGAGGCGCCGGAGGGAAAGUAAACACACGAGCCAAACCGACUCCUACUCAACAUCUGAUACCCGGGUCAGUGUGACGGAGUGCGCGUGACAUACCAAACAUGUCCCAGCAGGCAGUGAACGGGGUCCCGUGCAGGGGCAAGGUGCUGACUUUGGACAACAUGAACCCCAAUGUGAAGAAGGUCGAGUACGCGGUCCGGGGUGCCAUAGUCCUGCGGGCGAUGCAGUUAGAGAAGGAGCUCAAAGAGGGAGUCAAGAAACCUUUCACAGAAGUCAUCAAGGCUAACAUAGGCGAUGCCCACGCCAUGGGGCAGAAACCAAUCACAUUUCUCAGACAGGUCUUGGCUCUGUGUUCUUACCCCGAACUCCUGGAAGACAACAAGUUUCCAGAGGACGCCAAGCAAAGAGCACGGCGUAUUCUGGACGCCUGUGGAGGCCACAGUAUAGGGGCCUACAGUGCCAGCCAGGGCAUUGAAUGCAUCCGUCGGGAUGUGGCGCGCUACAUAGAGAAGAGAGACGGUGGAAUCUCCUCCAACCCUGACAACAUCUACCUCUCCACUGGAGCCAGUGAUGCCAUUGUGACCAUGCUGAAGUUACUGGUGUGUGGCGAGGGUCGUGAUCGCACAGGGGUGAUGAUCUCCAUCCCCCAGUACCCUCUGUACUCAGCCACCCUGGCAGACUUGGCUGCUGUUCAGAUCAGCUACUACCUGGACGAGGAUAAGUGUUGGAGUCUGGACGUGGCAGAGCUCAGGAGAGCCGUCAAUGCAGCCAGGCAGCACUGCAACCCCCGCGUCCUCUGUAUCAUCAACCCCGGAAACCCCACUGGUCAGGUCCAGAGCAGACAGUGCAUUGAAGAUGUGAUCCGAUUUGCUAAAGAGGAGCAUCUCUUCCUCAUGGCGGAUGAAGUCUACCAGGAUAAUGUGUACGCAGAGGGCUGUAAGUUUCACUCCUUUAAGAAGGUGCUGUUUGAAAUGGGACCAGAAUACUCCGGUACGGUGGAGUUGGCCUCCUUCCACUCCACGUCCAAAUGCUAUAUGGGAGAGUGAGUCGCUUAACACACACAGACUGGACUUGACUGGACUGUACAUAUUUACAUCAGGCUGUCUUGUAUACUUUUACAUAAACGA